AUGGCCCAGGACCAGGAGCGCAUUCACGUAGCGCAUAAUGCGGUGGCCUCUGGUGUUACCGCGACCUCCCCGCACACCAACAUUUCAGAGCUGCCGAGUGCUACCAAAAAAAGCGAGCUGGACUCGACAGCGGAAGCGGCCUUGACACAAGACGCCGUGCAGGAUGCAGAAGACAGCGACCUAGCUGCGCAGAGUUACGUGGUGACGUUGCACCCGGGCCCGCAAGGCUUGAGAUACAACGAGCACACAGGACAGGUAAUAUGGGUCAAGAAGGGCGGCAUAGCAGAACAAGUUGGCAUCCAACGAGGGGAUACGGUGGUAAAGGUAAAUGGUUCCCCGUAUUCCGAGGGAGCUCUUCACGAAGCCAGGGCGAAGGCCAAGCCCUACGAGCUUGUUGUGUGGAGACAGUCGUUGACUGAACGAAUUGCGGGUUGGACUCAGUGCCUUUCUGAUACAGCAAUUUGCACAUACGUAGUACUGAGGCUCAUGCACGCUCGAUUCUUCGUGACAGGAACGCAAGGCGGAAAUCUUGUGCUGGCAUGCAUGGCCAGUUCUCCGGUGCUGAUCUUAGUCUUGUUAUCAUCGUGCGCACGUGUUAUCUUCCUUUGCACGGCUCUGAUGAGUCUCAAUGUGUUGCCCGUUUGUUAUCUCUCUUUAUGCAUCUCGUUCAAAUUUAGCCUGGUUGUGGGAGCGUAUCGACUCUGUAACGGCCCGCUCGCGCAGAUGAUUCCAUCGGAGGUCGCACGCACACGCACAGAUUCAUUGGAGCGCGUGUUUUUUAGGAUAUCUCUGGUUUACUGGUUCAUUCGAGUAGUUAGUGCAAUUCGACUGUAUACUUUAAGCGGUCGGCAGCUAGGGCGAGUUUUCCUAGCGUGCUCAUUCGGCGAGCAAGGUGAACCACAACAGCUUUCUCAGUGGUUCUACCUGUACGGGCUCGUUUGGGGAUACGCUCGCGUGACUGAGGCUUGCAGCGGUCGCUUGCAUCAGGUGUCUGAAGCAUUACCGUGUGACGGGGAAGUGUUCGACGAAAAAGUGAGAAAACCCAUUAUUGAAAUUGUCAGCGAUUUGUGCCCCGCGCUGUCAUACGCUGGCAUGCCUAUCUUGUUAAUGUGCGCUGGCUUGGUGAGAAACUCGCUGGAAGUCAUGCCUCUGUUGGUGAAGAUGAUGAGUGGAGUGGCCUUCUUCGGAAACGGCGUGGGGACUGCCAGGGUUGUCUUCGAUGCGAUUAUUAUUGCGGUCGUUCUCACAGAGGCUCCCUUCGGUAUUUCGUCUGCACAAGAAGAACUUACGAGCAAGCUUGCCGAAGCACGCACCCGUGAUCCCUCGCUGCAUGUGCAGAUCGCAGCGGUCGAGACAAUGCUCGCCCAGACGAACCGGGGUCAAGGCUUCGGCAUUCCAGCCGGACGGACAUGUGUGCUCACCAAGGUUUUCUUUCAGACGUUGUUCUUUCGCGUCGCAGCCACCACAACAAUUUUGAUGACAGUCGCGAAGCACCUUCUUGGGUACGAGCAGGAUGAGAGGAGAGCAAUGAACGACCUGCUUGUGAAGACUGAUUUGAUUUUCGCUGCCCUUAAUCGGAGCCACAACACAUCCAGUUUGUGA